CACCAUAUCGCGCAACCCCCAGAAAUUGAGAUCAUGUCUGCAAAUCACCCCGUGUGUGCCAAGACAUUCACAUUGAAUAAUGGAGACUCAUUUCCAGCCGUUGGUCUCGGUACAUGGCAAGGCGGGGUUGGGACUGAGGAUGCCGAUGCGCUGGAAAGGUCCAUCGUCUUCGCUCUACAGAGCGGCUAUCGACUCAUCGAUACUGCCCAGCUUUACGGCGUUGAAUCCGACGUAGGGAGAGCUAUCCGUGUCAGUGGCGUUCCUCGCGAGGAGAUUACCGUCGUAACUAAGUUCUGGAGUGAUUGGCAUCACAACCCUGGUGAAGCUUUGCGUAUUUCGCUCGCAGAAACAGGGCUGGAUUAUAUUGACAUAUUCCUGAUGCAUUGGCCAUGUGCAACCACGCCCGCCCCCGAGGAGAAGACUCUUCGGAUUCAUGAGAGCCCUACUUUUGUCGAGACGUGGAAGAUGAUGGAGGGGCUUGUCGGGCCAAAGUGUAGAGCCAUUGGCGUGAGCAACUUUACGCAAAAAACACUCGACACGCUACUCUCAAGUGCCAAGAUCGUGCCGGCGGUGAAUCAAGUCGAGCUUCACGCCCUCAAUCCGAACUUGAAGCUGGUUCCAUACUGCCAGUCAAAGGGAAUCCAUGUGAUGAGUUGGAGCACCAUGGGAGGCGGAGGUGGUGGUGGUGCUGGAAACCAGAUUCUAACUGAUGAGCUAUUUACCAAAAUAGCACACGACAAGAACUGCUCGGCUGGAGUCGUCUCUCUCUCCUGGGCUGUGCAACGCGGCAUCACCGUCAUCCCCAAGAGUGGCGCGGAGCGACGAAUCACCGAGAACAUAAAGCUUGUCACACUCGACGACGAGGAAAUGGCCAAAAUGAACGAUGCGCACAAGAUUCUGCAGCCAUAUAGAAUUGGGGAAAAGAUAGAGGCUUUGCAGGUGAAAAUUGAUGGAAAGACAACAAUCCUCGGAUGGUCUAAGGUGGACUUUGGGUGGGAGGAUGAGGAGGGAAACUGGCUGACUUGAGGUGGCAAUAUACCGUAUUGCUCGCCGUGUGGCGCACAUCGAGACUGUACCUCUGUUACACCUAUUUGAGACAGUUGAAACUUUGUGCAGUCACACAUCUUCCAGUCGCACACCCGUCGCUUUAGUACAACCAUGCUUGUAAUCUUUCCACAUAGCACAAGUACUAUUGGAUGUAACAACAAAACCAACAUGGAUAAAUAAAUCCACCUAGGAUACAAG